AUGGGGACGCGCGUCAUGGCGUGGUGGUGUGCGAGGGUGGUCGCGCCCGUGCGCCGCGCCUGCAGGCUCGCCGUCGCCGCCGCCCGCGCGCGCGUGCGCAAGGCCGAGUGCGGCGCCCUGAACCUGCACCAGGACGUGCAGACGUGCGGGUACAACGACGUGCAGGUGAUGUGGGACAUGCUGAGCUCGGACAGGGCAGCCGCCGUCGCAGCCGGAGCGCCGCCGGCGAAGCAGAAGAGGCCGUUCUGGAGCCUGCCGCCGCUCUGGCGCUGUGACAGAGAUGCUGCCGUCCCGUGCUGA